AAAUAAUAAUGAAUUGAAUCAACUGAACGCAUAUUUUAAUUAUUAAAUUAUGUUAUUUAAACAUUACUCGUCAAAAUUGGUCCAGCCGUUCUAGAAAUUAGCCAGAACAAACAGACAGACAGACAGACAAAAAUUGUAAAAAAUGUUAGUUUUGUGUAUGUACCGCUUCGAUCAACAAUAGAUUGAUCGAAGAUGUACCACAUAAAAUAUAUUCGCGACCCGCAGAAGAUCAGGCGAGAAACUCAGCGGGCUAAAUGAUUUUUUUAAGGGAUUUUAUGACCUGGUAGCUAAGACCUUUAAGUCAUGUCUUAUUUAAAUUUAUAUUAUUAUUUUUAUGAAAAAAUGAUAAUAUGGAGUGAAAUCAAAUGAAGAUGAUUAAUUUGAGACAUUAAUCAACUGGGAUGAAAUUAAAUGAAAUGAGAUGAUAUGCGAUGAAAUGUAAUCUUAGUAAAACGGUGGUCAUUUACUAAGAUUUUUUUACAUUUUUGGUACAGCUCUAGUGACUUUACGAUAAAAUAUGUUUGUCAGUUACUGUUAUAUUUCAUUUCUCAAAUAUUAUGUAAGUUUUUUACAUAAUAUCUAUAGAUGGUCUUAAUUUAUUACACACUCGUAUUAAACAUAUCUAGCUCCAUCUAUCCCCUUAAAUAUGAACUGCAUUUUAACAUUUUUAACGUAUAUGAGGUAACCGAAACGAGUGUAAAUUAUGAUAAACUAGUUUCUGCCCGUUAAUUCAAAUUUAUUUUGUUCAUCUGACUGUCAUCUCAACAAUUAGAUUAUUUUUGUCUCCUCUUUUGUUAUCAACAACUUGAGGAAAAAUGUACUAACAAACAAAACAAAUUGAUAACGAUAAAGCUCUUCAAUAGUAACUAACAAAAAAAAAAACCUUUACAUUUUUACAAAGACCGGCGAAAAUUGCACAUAUUGUUUUUUGUCUUUCCCUUUUUCACUACCCAAAGAUUUAGCGUAAUCGUGAUAAUGAAUGGAAGUUACAUAUUUGUUUAAAAUCCUUGAAAUAAUCGCUAUGUUGAACUUCAUCCAAACAGUUGUAAAGCAUUCAUAUUUGCUCAUCGCAUCUAUCAAUUAAAGUGACAUUUCGAUCAUAUGGUAGGGCUCUCGUGCAAUAAAAGUUGAACCAAUAUGUAAAUUUAUUGAAGAAAGAUUGUUCUGGUGGUGAAACGCGUGAUUGCUUCAUGGCAUUAUAUAAUUUAUCGUUAAACAUUAAGCAUCAAAAUAACUUGACAUUGUAAUUAAUUAGUUUUAAAACGUCGUAAGUCAAGUAUCUAUACUAUUCUAUGCCCACUUAGCUGACUACAUAUAAAAAUCAAAAUAAAUAAAACUUGACCGAAACCUAACCUACCGGCACCGGUCCCGGUCACAUAUAAUGUAAACAAGGUUGAUAAAAGGUUAGGUACAAUACGAGUUAUAAUUAAAUUGCUAAAUUAAAGCAUUUUAAUCAUUAUUCCCGCUUUACAUUCGUCGUCGUAACGCGAGUGCGAUACGACAUGUAUCAAGUUUUGUUGUUGAUAACCAUUUUGUCAGAGGCCCGGGCCUUCCUGCAUCACUAUCCGAAAUUAAAUCUCGGAGAGCGAGAUGGCGGGGACCCUGGUGAGCCUUUGUUCCUUACGCCAUAUGUGGAAAGCGGUAACAUCACUACAGGGAGGCGUCUAGCCAGAGUACCAUUUACUGAAAGCCUGCGCAUUAAAAGUUAUGCAGGCUACUUCACGGUAAAUAAGACUUACGACUCCAACCAGUUCUUCUGGUACUUUCCUGCUAUGGUUCCGAACAGCAAAAACGCACCGAUUAUCGUCUGGCUCCAAGGAGGCCCCGGCGCUACAUCUCUGUAUGGACUCUUCACAGAAAACGGUCCUUUAAGGGUUCGCAAUAAGAAGUUUGAGAGACGAAAGUAUAACUGGGCCCUCAGUCAUCAUAUUAUAUAUAUUGACAACCCUGUUGGCACUGGAUUCAGUUUCACUAAAGAUCCUAAAGGCUACUGUGUUGAUGAGACUCAAGUUGGCGAACAGUUAUACUCCACUCUGAUCCAGUUCUUCCAGUUGUUUCCAGAACUUCAAACCAAUAAUUUUUUUGUGACUGGAGAAUCAUAUGGAGGAAAGUAUGUACCAGCUCUGGCCUACACAAUUCACAAGAAAAAUCCUACAGCACAGAUUAAAAUUAAUAUGAAGGGUAUUGCAAUAGGAAAUGGUUUGAGUGACCCUGUACAUCAGCUCGUGUAUGGUAAAUAUCUGUAUCAAAUAGGAUUAAUUGACUGGAACCAGGCUAAAGUAUUUGAACAGUAUGAAAAUAAGACAAAAGAUUUCAUAAAGCAGGGAGAGUGGGAUAAAGCGUUUGAGACCUUUGACACCUUGUUGAAUGGUGACAUGUUGAAUGGAUCAAGUGUUUUUAAAAACAUGACUGGUUUUGAUUUUUACUUUAACUACCUCCACACUAAGGAUUAUACACAGUUUGAGGACUUUGGCCCAAUGCUUCAAAGAAGUGCAGUCCGCAAAGCCAUACACGUUGGAAACUUACCGUUUAAUAAUGGAACUGAAGUUGAGAAGCAUCUGAAGCAAGAUGUGAUGAAGUCAGUAGCACCUUGGAUAGCAGAACUAUUGGACAAUUAUUAUAUCGUUAUCUACAAUGGUCAGCUAGAUAUUAUAGUAGCAUAUCCUUUGACUGUUAAUUAUUUAAGAAACCUCAAUUUUACUGGAUCUGAUGAGUAUAAGACUGCAAAACGGUACAUUUGGAAGGUGGAUGGAGAGGUUGCAGGUUAUGUGAAGCAAGCUGGAAAACUUGUUGAAAUUUUAGUCAGAAAUGCAGGUCAUAUGGUGCCCGGAGAUCAGCCAAAAUGGGCUUUAGACUUGAUUACUAGGUUCACCCAUGAGAAAACCUACUUUGAUAAAGCUGAAAUUGGUCAAACUUUGGGUUCUUUGUAACCAGUUUCUAGUUAUUUACAAUAAGAAAACUCUGUCCAUUGAAUGGUUUCUUUUAUUUUUAAUGUCAGCAUUUUAAGGAUUAUUGGCAUACGUGAUUGAACUGUAUUUAAAUAAAUUUUAAUGGUUUAUGUAAUUGAUAAUAA